AUGUUGAACAUCUGGACAAUCACACUAUUUCUGCUGGGAGCAGCCAGUGGAAAAGAAGUUUGCUAUGGCGACCUCGGGUGCUUUUCUGAUGUGGAUCCCUGGGCUGGGACUGCGAUCCGGCCCCUAAAAGUCCUGCCCUGGAGCCCGGAGAAGAUCGGCACCCGCUUCCUGCUGUACACCAAUGAAAACCCAAACACCUUUCAGAUUCUCCUUCCCUCUGAGCCAUCAACGAUCGAGGCAUCCAAUUUUCAAACAGACAGGAAGACGCGCUUCAUCAUCCAUGGGUUCAUAGACAAGGGAGAUGAGAGCUGGCUGCAGGACAUGUGCCAGAACAUGUUCAAGGUGGAGAAGGUGAACUGCAUCUGCGUGGACUGGAGGAAAGGCUCCCAAACCACCUACACCCAGGCCGCCAACAAUGUGCGGGUGGUGGGCGCCCAGGUGGCCCAGAUGCUCGGCGUUCUCUCGACAAACUACAACUACUCAUCUUCCAAAGUGCACCUCAUCGGCCACAGCCUGGGAGCCCACGUGGCUGGAGAGGCAGGCAGCAGGACUCCAGACCUGGGCAGGAUUACAGGUAAGACCUGAGGGUCAGGGGACCCAGGUUAUGGCCUCAGUAACCCCAGAGUGCAGGGAGAAGACAGCAGCCCAGCCCAAACUGGCCUGAAGGAGACUGUCCCCCCACUACCACCAGCUGUGGCAGAGCUGGGUUUUGGAACGAACCAGCAGGUGGGGCACAUUGACUUUUACCCCAACGGAGGGCGGGAGAUGCCCGGCUGCCAGAAGAACGCUCUGUCCCAGAUCGUGGACCUAGACGGCAUCUGGUCAGGAACCCGGGACUUCGUAGCCUGCAAUCACUUAAGAAGCUACAAGUACUACUUGGAGAGCAUCCUGAGCCCUGACGGGUUUGCCGCAUACCCCUGCGCUUCCUACAAGGACUUUAAAUCUAACAAGUGCUUCCCCUGCCCCAGUGAAGGGUGCCCACAGAUGGGUCACUAUGCUGACAAAUUUGCCGGCAAGACCAGUGAUGAGCCCCAGAAAUUCUUCCUGAACACAGGAGAUGCCAGCAGUUUUGCUCGCUGGAGAUACGGUGUUUCUGUAACACUCUCUGGAAAAAUGGUCACUGGUCUGGUCAAAGUGGCUUUGUUUGGAAAUAAAGGAAACACUCACCAGUAUGACAUCUUCAAGGGGAUUAUCAUGCCGGGCUCUACCCAUUCCACCGAGUUUGAUGCAGACCUUGAUGUGGGAACCAUUGAAAAAGUCAAGUUUCUCUGGAAUAACAAUGUGAUCAAUCCAACCUUCCCCAAAGUGGGUGCAGCUAAGAUCACCGUGCAGAAGGGAGAGGAGAAGACAGUGUACAACUUCUGUAGCCAAGAAACUGUCAAAGAAGACGUGCUGCUCACUCUCACGCCUUGCUAA